CAUUUUCAUAUAUGACAUGUUCGAACCCUGGAACAUCAUUUGGAUUGUCAAACAUCGGCAUCUUUUCAUGCUCUAACUCACCACCAUCAGAUUAAAGUGUAUUGCUUUGCCCCGUGUUGAUAUCUUUAUGUGUUCCGGUCAUGUUAUCGUUGGAUAUGCUUUAAUUUGGGAAGCACUACUCUCCAUGCUGAUUCAAGUAACUUUUCGCAAAAUUGUACGUGAAUGCGUAGAAUAUCACGUCAAUUAACCGCCUAAACCGCUGCAAGAUGUUUGACGUCUUGAAGAACUCAAAUUUGGAGGAAUUGAGAUCUUGGGAAGCUCUUUAAAUCAUGUAAGGAAUAGCGAGCGAAGGUUUUUGGCGAAGAGUGAUGGCAACUGUAAAGCGGAGGGAUGAAAAGGUAAUCGAUAAGAAGAAAUUUGUACAUCUAAUAGCAGAAAUUCCUGUAACGUAUUUUUUUAUUUUAGUGGCUUCAAUACUUUUAGCACGACGAGCAACGCUUAAGAUGCGUCUAAUUCUUAUGACGUUAAAUAUGAUUACGUACGGUGGGCAGUUUCUUCUUCAAACAGGACGGAAGAGACUCACAGAAAAAAGCUGCGCAUGACCUCUUGAGAGAUGAUUAGGACAAAUGGAUCGCUAACUAUCCACCUGAACAGAAGUCCAUGACUUCAAGACCUUACCUCGUGACACGAAAUUUUCAAGCAGGAUCUGUCAGGACAAUACAUCAAAUAGAGUCGGGUUUUGCAAACACGAUCAUGCCCAUGACGUCUCGUGAACCGCGUAAUAGUCAUUAGUUUCAUAUUCGACAGUGCAACGAUAUGAAAGCGAAAGUUACAAUGUCAACGUUGCCGCCACUCCUCAUCGCUCCUGAACACUCAUUUCGCUGUAUGUUCCAAUUGUGCGUUUCUGUGCAUUGCGUCAAUUUGAUGCUCCCUUCACUGACUAAUUAAGGCUUUAGGAUGUUAGCAAUACAACCGAAAGACUGUUGACACGAGCAGUGCUAUGACCAUCCAAACCGUCAGGCCGUCAGCUGCUCAAUGCUUGAACUUACACGUUUAGCCAAUCUCGAAAGAUGAAGGUCCUACCUAUCCUUGAUUUAAUCAUACAUAUAGGCGACAUCUUCAGCAGCUGGGUGUCGUAGGUCCGAUCAGUUUUAGCUUGUGUGGUUGUCUUAUCCACUUAAUUUAACUACAUCUUUGUGAUGUUUUCAAAAAAAGCCAGAUUUUUGGGUUUAGCGAAAAAGCACCGUUGGA